GGUUGUUCUUAAUAAAACGAGAUGCAUACGCGCUCUUGACACUGUCUGUAUGUGGUUUCUUAGCAAUUUUGAUUGCCUAAGGUGUCGCUUUGGCGUCUCUACUGCGGGAAAAGUGUAUUUGAUAUCGUGUGUGUUCAGCCGUUUUACUAGCCACUGUUCGUGCAGUUUUCAUUCUUAGGUAUGCCCAGUUUGCUUAGAUAAUUGAUAUGUCCAUUGAUUGUGGUGAUUCGCGUGUCCUGCUUUCAUUAGCUUCUGUCACUGAAAAAUGGCUACCAAGUCCGACGGUUCCGCCUCUGCAGCAGCCGAAGGUGGCGCUAGGAAAACGAACAUUGAAGCUUACCGGGAUGGCUUAAAGCUCAAAACAGAAGAAGACUUUUUUGCCUGCGACAGACAGUAUGUUUGCCAAAACUACGCGCCGGUGCCGGUUGUUAUCAGCAAAGGUAAAGGUGCUCGCGUUUGGGAUAUCAACGGCAAUGAGUACUACGACUUCCUCGCCGGUGUCUCUAGCCUCAGUCAAGGGCAUUGUCACCCCCGCGUCAUUGCAGCACUGUGCCGCCAGGCGGAGCGGUUGACUCUCACCCUACGGGCUUUUGGAAAUGACGUCACAGGACCAGCAUGCAGGUUCAUGGCGGAAAUGUUUGGGUACGACCGUGUUCUCCUCAUGAAUACCGGUGCCGAGGCUGGUGAAUCUGCUCUCAAAAUCGCGCGCAAGUGGGCGUACGAGGUGAAAGAAAUUCCACCAGACUCUGCCAAAGUUAUUUUGUGCAACAACAACUACUGGGGGAGGACAAUCACCGCGUGCAGUUCAUCUACCACAUUCGAUUGCUACAAUAAUUUCGGCCCCUUCACUCCGGGAUUCGAACUCAUUGAUUAUGAUGACGUAGGUGCUUUGGAAGAAGCUCUGAAAGAUCCUAACGUCGCUGCUUUCUUUGUCGAGCCUAUCCAGGGCGAGGGUGGAGUGAAUGUCCCUAAACCGGGCUACUUGAAGCGCGCACACGAGCUGUGCAGGAGCAAGAAUGUACUACUCAUCGUUGACGAAAUUCAAACUGGACUUUGCAGAACAGGCCGGCUGCUUGCGGCGGACCACGAUGAAGUACAUCCCGACAUUUUGUUGCUGGGAAAAAGCUUGAGUGCUGGCGUCGUGCCGAUCAGUGCAGUCAUGGGCCGCGCGGAUGUCAUGGAUGUGCUGAAGCCAGGAACCCAUGGCAGCACUUUCGGAGGCAACCCACUUGCUUGUGCCGUGGCUGUAGAGGCACUAACGGUACUCAAAGAUGAGAAACUCGCUGACAGAGCUGAAAGGCUUGGUGCGCAGUUUCGAGACUGUCUCAGAAGAGAGCUCUACGGGAAGGUGCCAUGGAUCAAGGAAAUUCGAGGUCGCGGUUUGCUCAACGCUGUAGAAGUUGACUCCGAUGCCAUUGAUCCGAAUGACGUUGUAAUGAAGCUUAAAGAAAACGGCAUUUUGUCGAAGCCAACUAGAGGGAGGGUUAUGCGUUUUAUCCCCCCUUUGGUUAUCACAGAUGAGGAGCACCGGGAUGCAACUACCCGCAUCAUUAAGUCAUUCCUUGCGGUCGAGGAGGAGCGCAAAAAAUGA